UAUACCCGGAACGAUGCUGUGGAAGAUCGUUUUCACCUUACUGGCGGCCGUUUUCGCCGUUGUGUUAAGUGACAUGCCAGGAGGCGUUACAGACAUUGACAUCAACGACAAGGGUGUCCAACAUGCUGUACAUUUCGCUAUUGAGCAGCACAACAGAAACACUGACGACGUGUACAUUUACCGGGUGGUAGAGAUCGUCAGGGCUCAGACUCAGGUGGUUGAAGGAGUAAACUACAUCAUAACUGUAAAGAUCAUAAUGACCAGCUGCAGAAAAGACAUUUAUAAUGAAGAGUGUGGCUUCAUCCCUAACCCAAAUGCUCGGCCUUACCAAUGCACAUUCACUGUGUGGAGCCGCCCGUGGAUCAAUGAUAUCAGACUGACAGACGAUACAUGCUAAAUGGAGAACUACAUGGAAAACCACCCAGACUAGCAUUGCUGUCAGGUUGACUUUUGCUGAGCUAAAUACAGUCUCCUGUAGAAGAUCUGCAAAUGUUUCAGCAUCCUUAUUUCCUCUGUUACUUCACUGUAAGCUAAUAAAAUAUUUCAAAUUUUAGACUAUGCAAUGCAGAGGUGCGUUGACCUUUAGAGGAGAAACACUGUAAUCACUGUGAUCACUAAAUGAAGUAAAUAAGAAAUGACUGUAUAUCUGAUUGUUGAUUAUCCUUAUUAAACCUGCACAGUUGUCAAAUUAAACUUGCUUUGGAACUUU